AUUCCCCUAAUGCAUUAUAUUAAUUAUUCCAAACCUUCUACAUAGGACUAUGAGCUACAGUUAAUGACGUACAGAGCAUUAGUAGAUUCCCAUCAGAAGUCACCGAUGAGACGUAGAAAAAUUCAAAGUUCCUCAGAUGUUAUAAUUCAAGAGUAUAUGAAUUUAAGGACCCGCUACACUGCUUUGAUGACGUUGAUCACUCAACUUGUUAAAUUUUCGGAGGAUUCUUUGAAGAGAAUUGAGGAAGAAGAGACUAGAAGGUAUGCAGAUCAGUCUGCCAGUUCAUCAUAUUCAGAAUUCACAGAAGAGCACAAAUUAAUCACUGAUGAAAACACAAGGCUUUUGAAAAAAAUACAAGAGCUUGAGUUCAUUCUAGAAGACAUAAAAAAGCAAAAGUUUAUUUUAGAACAAGAUGUGACCAAAGUAAAGACCACUGCUGACUUGGAGAUUAAAAAACAACAGAAAACAAUAGAAGAAAUCACUUUGCAGAAAACCAAGGCUGAAUAUGAGGCUCAGCAGUUCCGUUUGGAAUUAGAGACUGCAGUAAAGCAAAAGACUGCAGCCGAACAACAACUUGACCAUGUACGUCAGAUUACUCGUCAGGCCGAAUCAAAAAGUGAGGCUGUUGAAGUCAAAUUAAGGGCAUUUAAGUCCCAGAUAGAGGAAAGCACAACUGCAAGGAGGAAGUUAGAAGAUCACCUUAAAAGAAAAGAUAUUGAUUUACAAGAUUUGGAGCAUAAAAAAAUUAGUCUGAUGAGUGAAUUGAAAAGAAAAGCUGAAAUUGAAGAAGAACUCUUGAGACAAAUCAAACAACUUGAGCAUGACCUUGAAUUUCAGAAAAAGAUGUUAACAAAGGAGAAAUUGGAUAACGAAACUAAACGGCAUAUUACAGACACAAAAUACAGUUAUUCUUCCACUAAAGAACUUUUAAUGCCUUCACGUUCAGCAAUGCAAGAGGCACAGUAUAUUGUGGAUUCAGAAAUUAGAGGAGUUCAGGUAGAACAAUAUGCCAAAAAAGCAGAAACUCUUAGAGGUCAGGUAGACGAUCUCACAUUGACCAACAAAAAAGCUGAAAAUGAGAUUAAACAAUACAAAUCAGAACUUAGUACUGUGCAGAUACAUAAGUCUGCUGCAGAGGAAAAAAACCGGCAGCUGAAAAUUCAGUUAGAUGAUACACAUAAUAUGUUGCUGCAACUUAAAAGUGAGUUGGAACAGAAAAAUCAGAUGGAACAAAACUAUGUUUUACAAUUAAGAGAGCUUGAAAGGAAGUUAUAUCAAAGUCAAGACAAAGCAGAAGAAGUGAUGCAAGAAGUAGUUGACCUUAAAAAAAUUAAAAACAGCUUUGAAGAGGAACUAAAGUCACUUCAACAGACUAAGAUUUCACUGGAACAUAAAAUAAAACUUCAAAAAGAAGAUUAUGAUGAUAUGCGGGAGAAGUUUAAAGUUUGUCAAGAUGAGCUAAGACAAAAAGAAAUGCAUGAAAGAAGUCAUCAGCAGAAAAUCACAUUCCUUGAAGACGAUUUAAGUAGAAAGAAGCAAGAAGUAGAUGAAUUAAGGAAAAAAGUGGAUGAACUUUCUCGUUCGUAUGCAAAAUCAGAAGGCAAUAUUAAAUAUCUAAAUACUCAAAUUACCACUUUGCAGCAAGAAAAAACUUCUGUAGAACAGAGAUCUAAUUCUCGAAGUGGAGAAGUAGACAGUUUACGAGAGCAGCUAAAGAAAGCUCAGGAAGAGCUCCAUCAUGGUUCCAGAAUCCAGAAGGAAGAGCAACAUAAACUUAUAAAGCUCCAAGAUGAAUUGACAAAAAGUCAUCAGUGGUCAGAAACACUAAAGGUGAAGUUAGAAGAGCUUACAAAAUUAAAUACGGAUACAGAAAUACAGUUGAGAAAGUUGAAAUCUGAAUCUGAGAAAACAGUUAUAGAGAAAAAUGCUUUGCAGAAAAAUAUUGAUAUGUUAAGAGUUCAGCUUGACAGCUCCAAAGAACAAAUUAGAAUGACCAAGGAGCAGUUGCAAAAAUUGUCCAAGAGUGAACAAGAGGCUCAGAACAUGAUUAAACGGCUGGAAGAUGACUUAACAAAAACUAAAAAUGCUUUAAAUGAAGUCAAGCAAAAAUGUGAUAAACAGAACCUUACAAUUCUUAAUUCUGAAAAAGAUAUUAGAAGCUUAAAGUCUGAAUUCAAUAAUUUGACUGUAGAAAAGAAAAUGACAGAUCAGAAACUUCAGUUGCAUCAGGGACAUCUGCAAGAAAUAAAUAAUAAAUUAAAGAAGGCACAAGAUGAUCUCCACAAGAAGACUGUAGAAGAACAAUUAGCCCAGAAAAAGAUUUCACUGUAUCAAGAAGAAUCUAUUAAGUACAAACAUUCUUCAGAAGAACUGAGAAAAAAACUUGAAAAGACAAUGGAAUCCAAUAUGAACACCGAAAGUGACUUUUCAAACUUGAGACUAGAAGUUGUUAAUCUUAAGCAAGAAAAGAGCAUGUAUGAAGAGAAAAUGAGGUUAAUGAAAAUUGAAAUUUCUGAAUUGCAAGAAAGACUUCAAAGGUGCCAAGAACAACUUAGCAAAGAAAAGAAAUCUGUAUUGGAACAUGUUCAGAGAUGUCGCAAACUGGACGAAGAAUUAGAAAUUCAGAAGAGAUCCGUUGACAGCAUGAAACAGAAAGUGGAUUUACAAAGACAAGACCACAUAAACCAACUACGCCAACUGCAACAUGAGAUUCAACAAAAUAACUCUCUUACUAGCCCUACUCUAAAAGCAGACUUUGAAAACAAAGGAAGCAGCUUUAGGUAUUCAACUUCAGGUUCACAGCAAGAUUUUAGCCAGAGGUCAAAAGCAUCUCCUGUGCUGAGACGAAAAAUAGAGACUUCAGUUGAUGGUAAUGCCCAAAUUUUUAAAACAGACCAAACGGAAGAAAGAAAGAUACGAAUAGAUGGUUAUGAUGAUAGUAUGCAGAAAGAUCUUCAUCAGCAAUUGUCUAUGAUAAAGCAGUCACUUGAUGUUACUGACAACAAGCAACCAUUUACAGAGUUUGUUACACAAAAAAGCACAGAGGUUCAAAUUUCUAUUGACAACAUGAAUUCCUACAGACAUUUGUCUGAACUAGAAAAUUUGAAAGAUAAAAGUAUCCAGAAUGCCAUUCAAACUUUAAGGAUCGAAGAAGAAAAAUUUGGAAAAGAGCUAGGAAAAUUUGAACAACCUAAGGAGAUAGUGAAGACCAAGCAGUAUGAUGUACUUGUUGAAGUUACAACUGUAAAACAGGAAAAAGAAUUCCUGGUUAACAAUGAAGAUCAGGUGUUUGAAGAGCAUAUUAGUUUGGAUGGAUUUAGGAGAGAUUUGCCGAAGGUCAACUUUAUGUCCUCAAGUUUCCAAAACUAUGCAGGCUCUGAGAGUGGUCUCAGUGACAGUUCUUUCACUGAUGAUAGGUUCAUCUUUCAAGGUCUUCGGAAGAAUGUGUCUGCCAGACAGUUGCUUGAAGCAAAAAUUCUGGAUACAAAAACAAUGGAAAAGCUUGAAUCAGGUCGUACAUCGGUUCAAGAGGUUCAAAAAGAACUUGAUAUGUAUUUAACAAAAGCUACUGCGAUAGCCGGUUUAUAUCUUGAAUCGAGUAAAGAAAAAUUAUCUUUUAAAGUAGCUGUUAAAAAGGGAAUUAUUGACAAAAGUCUAGCUUUUGAGUUUUUAGAAGCACAGGCAGUGACAGGGUUCAUCAUUGACCCCUUCACAGGCAAAAAGUAUUCUGUUGAGGAAGCAGUUUCAAAUGGAAUUGCUGAUCCUGAGUUUAAGGAAAAACUUCUUGAAGCUGAGAAAGCUGUUUUAGGAUACAUUCAUUCUGGGAAAAAAUUGUCAGUUUUUCAGGCAAUUGAGGCUAGACUACUUGAAAGGCAAAAAGGAAAACGAAUUCUUGAAGCUCAGAUUGCCUCAGGUGGAGUUAUUGACCCAGUUAAAAGUAUAAGAAUCCCUCCAGAAAUUGCUGUUUUAAGGGGUUUGGUUAAUCACACAACUUUAAAAUUUUUGCAUGAACCUGCUAGCAAUGUAAAGGGUUUUCACUUUCCUAUCAGUAAUCAAAAUAUGUAUUACUCAGAAUUGCUGCAGUUGUGCUUGUUGGAUUUAGAUAGCAAAACAUACCUUUUACCAGUUGGUGAUAACAAAAUCACAGCUUUCUCUGCAGAAAAGGGUCAUAAAAUUAGCAUAGUAGAUCUUAGAUCUGGCAUGGAGAUGACACGUUUUGAAGCAUUUGAAAGAGGUCUCAUCGACCAAAACAUCUAUUUUGAACUUUCACAACAAGAAUGUCAAUGGGAAUGCUCAACUGCUUUUGACUCUCAUGGUAAUACUCAAACACAAUUAACAGACCGGAAAACAGGCCGGCAGUUUUUUGUUGAAGAAGCACUAAACCAAGGCAAAAUUGAAAGGUCGCAAGCCAACAAGUUUAAGGAAGGGCUUAUUACAGCUACAGAACUAGCUGAUAUAUUGGUGAGCCAAACAAAACCAGGUAAAGAUCUCAAUAGUCCUUUAGCGGGAUACUGGUUAUAUCAAACUAAUGAACGAGUGUCAGUUUUUAAAGCUAUGAAAAGAAACUUAAUUGACAGAAUAACUGUGCUCAGGUGCCUUGAAGCACAAGCCUGCACUGGUGGUAUAAUAGAUCCAGCAAGUGGGAAGAAAUAUAAGGUUACUGAGGCAUUACAAAGGGGUUUGAUUGAUGAUGUAUGUGCUAAACAAGUUAAUCAGUGUGAACUAGCUUUCACUGGUAUAAUUAAUCCUUUAACCAAGGAGGUAAUGACAACUGCAGAAGCUAUAAGCAUGAGCUUGUUAAACAAAGAAAUUGGCCAACGAUGUUUAGAAUAUCAGUUCUUAACUGGAGGAGUGAUAGAUCCAAGGUUUCAUUCCCGAUUGUCGUUAGACGAAGGAAUAAGGAAAGGCGUUAUUGAUGCUGCAAUGGCAAUGAAACUGACGGAUGAGAAGUCAUAUGUCAAAAGCCUUACUUGCCCUAAGACAAGGAGGAAGCUGUCGUAUAAAGAUGUUUUAGAUGAAUGUGUUUUUGAUUGUCAUACAGGCCUCCGACUAAUGGAAGCUCCACUGCCUCAAAAUGUUGGCAUUCCUAGUCUUUAUUUUUCGUCACAGUAAAGCAGAUGCUUGUUAUUGUGAGGAAUAUUAAAAAUAUUUAGUUUGUUACAUAACAAAGGUUUUCACAAUAGGAAGUAAUGUACAUUGACAUGAUUUGUAAGUAAAUGAGAGGUGUUGUUAAGUUGUUGAAUGGCUUUGUUAAAAAAAUGAAUACAUUUUGUUUCAUAAUCAGACUUGAAACAAUACAACAUUUUAUUGAAAUAUGUAUGGCAGUUAAUUAGUGUAUGGAACGUUGUUGGUUGUUGUUCAUGAUUUUUCAGUUUUGUUGAAAAGAUAACACUGGUUUUAUUUGCAUGACUUUUCCAAUGAUAUAUAUGUUUUUAUUUUCAGUUAUAAGCUAGGAUUUUCAUUUCUUAAAAUUUGUGAGACACAUUGUUGUUUACCCCUUUCAGAAUUAUUUUGUUCACAGAAAAUUAAAAGAGCAUGCCUUGUUACUGAAAAAGCCAUAUUCCACAAUAUUUUUUAAAACUGUGGUACAAAUAUUUUUAAUAAUGUAAAUAAAAUUAACAGUAUUGUUAUUGUCAACCAUACACAUUUGUAUAUUCUCUUCCUAUUGUAAGCAAAGUAUCUACAAUGUUGUAUAAACUAUUGUAUUCAAACAGGACAUAUGGUAUUGCUGGUUAAUAAUCAAGAAACUACAGACAGCAUAGUCUGUAAUCUUUGUGUGUUUGCACCAAGUAGUAACAUGUUGCAAUCCAUAAAAUAUAAUGCGGUUGUAAUUCUAAUAUUCUCCAAACAAAUGACCAUACAAUGGUUAGUGUUCUUAGAAAAUGUUUACGCUAUUCUUGUAUUUCAUAAUGAUGUUGAUUUAAUGUUAACAUUUUGUAUAUUCAUGUUUGCGUUUUUUAUAAUACAAUUCUUAUAACAAUGAA